AUGAUGAGAUGGCUGGACUUGGUGCACUCUUUGGGACGGUCAGAGUUUCAGAGAAAGCCGGUAAACACUAAGGAUGUUUUGCCUCCUGUGGUGCUUGUGGGUACACAUGCUGAUCUUGUAAGGAAUCCUUCCAAGGAAAUGAAAUCUGUGAUAGACGCCAUUUGCAGCAUGGCUCUUCCAGCAACUUUACACCAUAUUUCAAAAGAAUCAUUCCUCAUAGAUAACACAAAUCCAAACAGAGAAGACGACCCACAGAUCGUUUCUUUGCGUACGAAAUUAUUGAAUCUGUCUAGAAAAAUGCCACACAUCAGCAAGGUAAUCCCUAUGCAGUGGCUCCGCGUGGAGCAAAAAGUCGACGAAAUGGUGAAAGAGAAAGGGAUGCAUUAUGUUGGUAAAAAGCGUUUCACAGAAGACAUUUCUGGGGGCAUUUGUCAGUUAAAUGACACAAAUGACGUUGAAGAAUUGCUGCACUUUUUACAAGCUCGUGGAAGAGUUAUCUACCAAGAUCGCCCUGAAAAUCCAGAUGGUUUGGUCGUGCUGGAUCCGCAGUGGUUAAUUAAAGUACUAUGUGAGAUAAUAACGGUGAGUCCACCAUGGGAAAACCACCCUGUUAUUCAGAGAGAUUAUCAAGUCCUUGGAAAAGAGGGACUGCUUUCGCAGCAGUUGCUAAAUCGAGCGUUUGAACACCUUGAAUUGAAUGAUAUAAGGGGUUCACUGAUUCAUAUCAUGGAAAGCUUUGAUGUUAUAUGUAACUCUAAGAACUGCAAGGGCGAAGAUUAUCCUUUUUUCGUUCCAUGUAUGUUGAAAUCACCGAAGAAGAAUACGAGAGACGCAAACAUGCGCAGUGGCCCUUUGCCCGUAUUUCUCACAUUUAACACCAACUACAUUCCAAGUGGGCUGUUUUGCAGACUGGUUGUACAUUUUUUGGAGUGGACCUCACAAUUACGUGGCUCCUGUAGAGCUCCUUCGUUGUUUGCAAACGCCGCCCGAUUCAAUGUUAGUGAAGUGUAUCAGCUCACUCUAGAGUGUCACAAAACUGUGAUCAAGUUGAAAAUCUGGACACCGCGAGACUCGGAUAAAAUGGAAGAGAAAAGAAUUUGCGAAGAAUUAUUGAGUCAUCUGGAGCGUUGCAAGACUAGGCUAAGCGUCACCUGUCCGUGGUUACGAUCAGUCACGAUAAAAUUGUCUGUGAAAUGCUCGUUGUGUGAACCUUGUCCAGAUAAGUGUCGUGACGGAACCAAUAUUUGCUUAUUGCACAAAAAGAAAGGCUGCUCUCAUUUUGACUGUGGCCACUACAUUCCGUUAAGAAGCUUUGGCCUGAGCUGUGAACACUCUGUUGAUGAUGUUCCCGACUAUCCUACCGAAAAACUGGAUCCUUGGGUUCAGGCUUUGAAAUCCAUUGAACGUAAGAAACGAACUGGUGGAUCUACUGAACAUUUGCCUCGGCCAAAGAUGAAACGCCCUGAUGAAGAUUCGUCUCCGAGUGACACUUCAACCCCAAAGAAAAGAAAAACUUUCGCAGUUAAGCAAGGAGUUCCCAGUGACGAAGAUUUAGAGUGGAUUUCGUCUGAACUCGAACAAUGGAAGAGUGUCGGGCGUCGUCUCAAAAUUAAGGAAGCACGUUUAACGGCGUUUGACAACGGGAACAAGGAUUUCUCUGAAAAAACCUACAAAAUGUUACUUCAUUGGAAAGGGAGGGAUAGCUCAGCUGCAAAAUACACGGUCCUACAUGAUGCACUGUGUCAUCCUUUGGUUAAUCGUACAGAUUUAGCUGAGCAAAUUUGCUGUCAACCACAGGAAUGA